AGGGACGAGGGCGGUAACCAUUAUUCAGAUUUCCAGGAAAGAAAGACGCACAUGCCGAGAGGGAUACCACGAGCUAACAUUGUGUCUGAUGAGGAUGGGAAGCUGCAAUGUGUGAGCACUCCUGCGGCCCAUCUUGAUGGGACGCCGGCCAGAUGAAGCCCUCCGGAUCAUCGCCUGUAUCGGAGCGGGAGAACUAUAAGUAUCACAGGCUUGUUCGUGAACAUGAAAGGGAAGACGACUUGAUCACCAAGCAACUCUGGCAAGCUUUAGCCGAACAUCUUUGCAGCCGGCUCUCCAACAUGCGAGGACUUCACUCUCGACUCUUCUCGCUCACAGCAUCCUGUGCUGUGAUGCUCCUGGCAGCAUGCUCUUUUGUCUUAGCAAAACCUCUUGACUCUACACCACAUCAACGCAGUGUACCGAACCUGUUGCCCAAGCAAGUGAUUACACCUGGAGGGGCACCAUGCGGUCAGAACAAUGCGAAAAACAGGGCGUGCUGGAAGAAUAGCUGGAACAUCAACACAGACUAUGAGGUCACCAAUCCGCCUGCCUUCAACACAGUCAAUGUCGAUCUACACAUCACAAACGUCACCAACUGGGUUGGCCCAGAUGGGGUUGUCAAGCCUGCUAUGCUUAUCAACAACCAGUUUCCUGGACCAACAAUCACGGCUGGUUAGUGAUGGCUGGGUUUCCGCGAGGAUAGCAGACACUGACAGAUUUUGAAAGAUUGGGGAGACUACAUCCAAGUGAACGUGUAUAACGAUCUGCAACACAACGGGUGAGUGUGUCCAAUGAGCCAGUUUUAGAAGCUCGUCUGACGAUAUCCCAGAACUUCCAUCCACUGGCAUGGCAUCAGACAGUUUGGUGAGGGUAACCAGGACGGAGCAAAUGGUGUCACAGAAUGUCCAAUUCCACCAGGUUCCAUGAAAAGCUACACCUUCCAUGUCACCCAAUAUGGCACUUCUUGGUAAGGCAAGCAUUUUUCUCCAUAUA